UUUCGGCUUGCUUUCAAGUAAGAGGUUCUUUCCAAGAGUCCAAGAAGUAGUGAAAUAUACAGUCCAUUCAAAUUAUUGAGGAAACAUGCAACGAGUAACGUUAUUAACCUUAGGCUUGUGUACCUUUGUUUCCGCCAUUUCGAAUACCGGCAGUUCUACUGGGAAACGAGAGGAUAGUCUUAGCUCUAGCACGACUAGAAGACAGGCUAGCUCCAGUAGCUUAGCCCAGACAGCGUCCCAAGGUAACCUCUACUAUUACUACUAUCCUGUGCAGGAGAAGAAGAGGCAGUCUACAGGGGAUUACGACACUUCGGCUUCCAAUUACAACCCUCUCAGUGCUUCAUAUGGCUCCAACUUUGGACAAAACUUUGAUUCCUCCCAAGUGUACCAGGGAGCAGCUACUAAUCAAGACACCGCUGGAGCAGUAUACGGAGGACAGGCCACGGGAUUUGGUGGCAGUAAUUUCGGAGGUUUGGGCGCUGCUGCCGAUAUCAGCCAGAUCAAUUCUGGAGGCUAUGGCAGCGUCGGCCAAUUAGCAGCAGCAACUGGAAGUUAUGGAAUUAACGCUGGCCCAGGACAGGCAGCUGCUGGAGGCUAUGGACUUGGAACAGCUGGUGGAAUUAGCCAGUUAAAUGCUGCAGGCUAUGGUGGUGCCGGAGGUGAGGGUUUCGGUGGUCUAGGCGCUGCAGCAGGUCCAAGUCUAAGUCAGUUUGUGCCAGGAAGUUAUGGGGCUACUUUUGGUCAAAUAGGUGGUUAUGGAGGAAACGGAGCAGGCAAUGUAUAUGGCCAAUACGGAGCUCAAGGAGGAAUUGGUGGUUAUGGUCAAGGAAACUAUGGUGGGUUGGGUGACCUACAACCCGCUGCCAGUGCCACUACAGGUUCGUAUGGUGGAGAGUCUCACUCUGCAUUUGGUUUGGGCUCUUUGAUUAUGCCUAUGUUGGCCCUAGCUGGUCUUGGACUUCUACUACCAUCAGUGUCCUCAUCCCUUACGAGCAGUAACCGUCGAAAACGUGAAACAGAAGAAACAAUGGACGUUUUCAGUGGAUACCGCAGUAAACUGGAGAAGUACUACGCUAUCUAUCGAUCAGCGAUGAAAAACGAGCAAUGUCUUAACCGAGUAAUAUGUGAAUUGGGGAAUGCAAUGAGCGAUGCAAAGGACAAGGUUUCCAUAAUUAGCAUUUUAGCAAAAUACAUGCCUGAGAAGAUAAGGAGCAAAAUGGAGGUCUUCGAAACCGCUGCUUUGUCAACAAAAAUGGGCAAGUGCUACAAAUAUAAAUGUUAAGAUAUAAAAUACGUUUAAAAUUUCUCCUCAAACUCAUUUUAAGAUUAGGAAGUGCUGUUGUGAACCCAUCAAGCUACGACAGUGACAUCUACCCGUAACCGACUUCAGCAGAAUAACUCUUCUAGUGACGUAAUAAAUACCUUAGGCCUAGUUGCGCCAGACGUGGUUCACUGUCUGACACGACAGCCAGUGUCAUCAUACAACCUCCAGAGUGAUUCAAGUACAACAAUGACACAGUAACCCAAGAAAGGUAACGGGCCUG